CUAACUAUGUCCACAAAUACAAAGAGAGAUUUGGGUUCUAAUGAAGAAGAAAGUGAGCUGAGAAGAGGUCCUUGGACUCUAGAAGAAGACAGCCUACUCAUACACUAUAUUGCUCGUCAUGGAGAAGGUCGUUGGAAUAUGUUAGCUAAAAGUGCAGGAUUGAAGAGGACUGGAAAAAGCUGUAGACUCAGAUGGCUGAAUUAUUUGAAACCAGACAUUAAGAGAGGAAACCUUACUCCACAAGAACAGCUGUUGAUCCUUGAACUCCAUUCCAAGUGGGGUAACAGGUGGUCAAAAAUUGCUCAGCAUCUUCCUGGAAGAACAGACAAUGAAAUUAAAAACUACUGGAGAACAAGGGUACAGAAACAGGCACGCCAACUUAACAUUGAGUCUGGUAGCAAGAGAUUCAUUGAUGCUGUCAAGUGUUUUUGGAUGCCAAGAUUGCUUCAAAAGAUGGAACAGGACACUUAUCCCAGCUCUUGCUCUUCCAUGACAAACAUAAAUUUUGGGAAUUCUGCAGAAGCUUCAAGCAGUUCAACAAAAACCAGCUCCAAUAUUCCUUCUCUGUCUCCAUCAUCUCCUCCACAGAGGGAAUUUAUAGAUGCUGCAAAUCAUUUCAGCACUAUGUCAAGUCCUAGCAAUCCUUUCUCGGACUCCUUCCAAUUUUCACAGUUACUUGAAAUUUCAGAACCACCUAAAAGUACUCCCAAUGUGUUUGAGAACAAUGUUUACAGCUACCCAAUCCAGGAUAGCUACUAUGCUGAUACCAAUAACUAUGGCAUGGAAGGUCUAAAUCUGGAUCCAAUGUCAAUAAUGGAAACUUAUGACAUUCCACAGUUCGAUUUUCAGACUGCGGGGAGUGGCUGGAUGUUGGACAACAUGGGUGAUACUUUAUGGAACAUGGAUGCUAUGUGA